GCACAGGAGUCAGCUUCAUGAGCCACCAGUCGUCAUCCUCACACCAUCGACAGCGAAGGCGAGUCAAGUGACUCUGUAGAGUACUUGUGGUGUGUCAACCGUUUGGCGACUGUCACCCAGUUCACGAAGCUAUUGAGACGACUUUCGGGGCCGUAACAGCGAACCGCCAGUCACCAACAGUGAGAUAAGAGUCCUCUCUGCAGCCAGAUAUCAGCACCAUGAAGUCGAUGUAUUUGUUGAUGGUCUUCUGCGUCUUCCUGGUGAAUGCUGAGGACAGCACUACCGGAUCCGAAUCCGAACCCGUGGGAGCAUCGCCACACAGCAGCAACGGUUCAGCUUCCGAUUUGGAUACGCGACGCGACCAUCACGACCACCACGACCACCACGACCACGACGACCAUUAUCCGUAUGGCCCGUCGAGCUGCAGCGUUCAGACAACAUCGUGCACUAGCCGAGGGGGAGUGUGCCAGGGGCCGUGUGACACCACUACUCAGUUUGUGCUGAAGGGCAGAUGUCUGGGCCAGUGUUCCUGCUGCGCCUCUAAGCCUGCGACAUGCACCGCUUUCGCCAACUGCACGACCGCCAAGGGGUCGUGCUCGACCACCGCCUGCCUGGUGACGCAGAAGGCCGUCGCCCACGGCUGCACCGGCAGCACCUGCACCUGCUGCGCCCCCAGAGACUGUGAUCCAACCACCUCGUGCAAAAGAGCUGGAGGAUUCUGUGCCAUAACCUGCGCCAAGGGACAGGAGGUGAUCGCCAACGGCUGCUCCGGCACCCAGUGCCAAUGUUGUGUUAGAAGGUGCUCGAGCAGCGAGGAGUGCAGGGAGCACUCUGGGGUGUGCGUACGCAGGAACUGCAGGAACACUGAGAGGCAGAUCACCAACGGCUGUGGCGGACAAGGCUGCCGCUGCUGCGCUCCUGCCAUUCGUGACGCCGAGGAAACAGGAGACAUAGGAGCAGCAGAAGGCGCCGUAGCAGCAGAAGACGCAGCAGGAGACAUGAGCGAAGCAGAGGAAACAAACGAGGAGACGGUAGUGAAGCAGGAAGGAGAAGAAGGAGAAGAGCAGGGCGAAAUAGGAGAGGUGGAAGAGACGGUAGUAAGGGCAAGUGGAGAAGGCACCGGGGUACAGGAAGACGAUGAAGAGGAGGAAUAGGAGCUUUGUGCCCUAGCCCACCCUCACACGUGCGCUAUAGGACUGACGUAGCUUUCGUCACACGUGACCACCUGACUUGACGUUACACGUGACUUUAGCUGAAGUCACACGAGACUUCACCCCUUUGGGAAUGUUUUAGCUUUUGUGUGCAUCUUCUUUUGUGAAUUUAAGUGUUGAUGCUGGUUUAUUUCACGCAAUAAAAAAUCAACAAAAAAGAA